AUGAACGGGCAAUGCAGCACCAAAACGUGCACUUACCCUUCACUCCUCCGUGCACAUACAGACACGGCUUCACUUGCUACAGCAGACAAGGGGAAUAACUUGGACGUAGAGGAAGCUUUAGAGAGAAUAGCUGAAGAGCCUUCUGCGGCUCUUCAUGAUAGGCAAGAUGCUGCAGAAUCAAUUACGGAGGGGAUAAAUAAUCUUUGUGUUUCUCUAUCAAAAGAAACAUUGGAAACUUCAAAAACUGGAGAAUGUUCUGGUGCAGAUAUUGAUAAGAGAAUUCGAGCUUUAAAAAAGAAGAUUCGAUUGGCUGAAGGCCAGCAGCUAAAAGGAGAACAGUCAAACAUGAAGCCAGAGCAAAUUGAAAAAAUGGCAAAAAUUGCAGAUUGGCAUGCAGAACUCAAAUUGUUGGAGGAUAAGAGGACUAAUCAGGCUUCAUGA